AGUAAUGCCGAACACGUCUAACAGCGAGUUUUCGAUGAAUAAUAGCCAGGGAUUGCCGAGGAGAUCUUGAGAGAUAGUUUCUGAUUAGGUCACGAAGAACCUUAUCGCUCGCAGCCACCGGAGCAACCAGCAACCACCGCAAGGAGGCUUCAGAUAACAUCUAGAAUCGCCGAAUUUCCAGGCAGAUUAGUUGCUUUGAACAAAGAAUGGAAGCAAACAGAAGUCAAAAUGGAAUUCAACUCUUGUUGGCUGCAGAACAAGAAGCUCAGCAAAUUGUCAAUGCCGCUAGAUCUGCAAAAACGGCUAGACUGAAACAGGCCAAGGAGGAAGCAGAGAAGGAAAUAGCUGAAUUCCGUGCUCAGAUGGAAGCCGAGUUCCAAAGAAAGGUCGCAGAGAGUAGUGGAGACUCUGGUGCAAAUGUGAAGCGACUGGAAGAAGAAACCGAAGGAAAGAUCCAUCACCUGAAGGUAGAAGCUGCAAGAAUUUCUCAUGAUGUUGUCCAGAUGCUUCUCAAACAUGUCACCACGGUCAAGAAUUGAUUGAAUCUUUGGAAAAUGCUGGAAAAUCAGACUUGAGUUUACAUUGUUUGUGUUUCUACAAACCAACCCGUCUUUAUUUGAUAUAUUGUAUUGUUGUUAUGAAGGCUUUCUUUCAUAUUAUGUGACCUAUAGUAGAUAUUUAUAAAUAUGGAUGGACUUGUAUUGAAUAUUGAUUGCUCGUUUCUGCAACAAAUAAAAAGAAGACGGUUAACCUUU